UUGUAGUUUCGGGAUACGCCUGAAGAGCCGCAGAGAGCGCCGGGAGCUAAGGGGCUGCGGCGACCGAAACCGCACUGCAAGCCCCCAUGGCCGGAGUUCGGGUACCCCUCUGGGGCAUCUGCAUGCUGCGAGUGGCGCUGGCUACCGUCUAUUUCCAAGAGGAAUUUCUAGACGGAGGUCUGCAGACCACUCAGAAUGGCCGAUUCUAUGCCAUCUCUGCACGCUUCAAACCAUUCAGCAAUAAAGGGAAAACUCUGGUCAUUCAGUACACAGUAAAACAUGAGCAGAAGAUGGACUGUGGAGGGGGAUACAUUAAGGUCUUUCCUGCAGAUGUUGACCAGAAGAACCUGAAUGGAAAAUCGCAGUACUAUAUUAUGUUUGGACCCGAUAUUUGUGGAUUUGAUAUCAAGAAAGUUCAUGUUAUUUUACAUUUCAAGAAUCAGUAUCACGAAAACAAGAAACUGAUCAGGUGUAAGGUUGAUGGCUUCACACACCUCUACACUCUAAUUUUAAGACCAGAUCUUUCUUACGACGUGAAAAUUGAUGGUCAGUCAAUUGAAUCCGGCAGCAUAGAGUACGACUGGAACUUAACAUCACUCAGGAAGGAAACAUCCUCGGCAGAAUCGAACGAUUGGGAACAGACUAAAGACAACAAAGCCCAGGACUGGGAGAAGCAUUUUCUGGACGCCAGUGCCAGCAAGCAGAGCGACUGGAAUGGUGAACUGGAUGGGGACUGGCCGGCGCCGAUGCUCCAGAAGCCCCCAUACCAGGAUGGCCUGAAACCAGAAGGUAUUGAUAGAGACAUCUGGCUGCACCAGAAAAUGAAGAAUACCAACUAUUUGACACAGUAUGACCUCUCGGAAUUUGACAACAUUGGUGCCAUCGGCCUGGAGCUUUGGCAGGUGAGAUCUGGAACUAUUUUCGAUAACUUUCUGAUCACAGAUGAUGAAGAGUAUGCAGAUAAUUUUGGCAAGGCCACCUGGGGCGAAACCAAGGGUCCAGAAAGGGAGAUGGAUGCCAUACAGGCCAAGGAGGAAAUGAAGAAGGCCCGUGAGGAAGAGGAGGAAGAGCUGCUGUCGGGAAAAAUGAACGGGCGCGAACAUUACUUCAAUCGAUUUCACAGAAGGAAUGAACUUUAGUCAUCCCCAUUGGAUAUAAGGAUGACUGGUAAAACCUCAUUGCUACUUUAAUCUAUGUUUCAAACUCAAAUGUCUACAUGGCAUUUUGUCCAAUUUUCUUUGAAAAGUGUUUCACGCUUCUCAGUGGGGUUGGUUGCAUCUCCCCGGUGAUGCAGUUGCGCUGAGAAGUUCCCUCUUGACAAUUUUACGCGCUAAAAACCAGAGGCCAGCAAGGGUCUGGCCAAAACCAUGAUUCCUUUUUCUUUUUUUCUUUUCUUUUUUUUUUUUUGAGACAGAGUUUCACUCUUUUUGCCCAGGCUGGAGUGCAAUGGCGCGAUCUCAGCUCACC